AUGUCGCUUCUACCGCAGGCAUAUUUGAGCAAUUUCCAUAAUAGAGUAAAGAAUGAGGAUGUUCCAUUGUUUACUGCUGCGCAGCUAUCAAGGAAUAAGAGGGGAAAGCAAGUGAAUUAUGCUGAAUUUGACAAUGACAUAUUGGAUGAAUUUCUUGAAAAGAAUGAUGAUGACGAUUUGGAGGAGGAUGAUGAGGAUUCAGAGAGUCGUCGCAGGGGAACUGAUUUCUAUGAACAUGCGGAGUUCAGUGGUUUAGAUGGGGAAAAUGAGGGUGUUAGGAGAGGUAUAGAUGAGGGCGGUGUUGAAGGUGGUACUGGUGGUUCCAGUGGUGAAGUUGGUGUAGAUGUAUCUGGUGCAGGUGGGGCAGGAAGCUCUGGAGAUGCAGGUGCAGGCGGAGAUGCGGGUACAGGAUCUGCAUCUGAAGAGUCGAACCGCGUUAAAUUGAAUGAUCUACCAGAUUUGGAUGGCCAAGAGGAUUCCUCACCACUGGCAGUUUUGAAAUAUCCUAGGAUUAGAGAAACUUUUGUGCAAAGUAGAAUCGCAAUCAGUUACAAGGAUAUGCUUGGGGAGUCUAUACAGGAUCCCCAAGAGGUAGAGACAGAGACACCAAUAAUGGUACCGAUCCGUUUAAAUAUCGAAUUUAGUGGACAUAAGUUGGUUGAUUUUUUUACGUGGAACUUGAACGACCACUCGAUGACGCCUGAACAAUUCGCGGCUAUUUUAUGUCAAGAUCUUGAUUUCCCAGUUCACACGAACCCAAACAAUUCCCCAUACACUCAAAUCAUCGCUAUGAUCAAUGAACAGUUACAGGAGUAUGAAACUUUGGCUUCUUUACAAGUUCCAGAUCUCCAUGUAGUGUUGAAUUUGACUUCAAAUCUCGACUCCAAACUUUAUGACGACACAUUCGAAUGGAACCUCAAUGAUGAUUCAUUGUGUCCUGAACAAUUUGCAGAACUUGUGGUCCAGGAUCUAGGAUUGCAAAGAGAAUUUGUGCCAGCAAUUGCCCACUCCCUUCAUGAGUCGCUACUAAAAGUAAAGAAGGACUGGUUAGAGGGCAACCUAAACUUGGUGCAUGUAGAAAACAAGGCUGCAUUUGGUUUCACAUCAGGUAUACGUCUAGAUAUAGACACACUAGGAGGGGACUGGAUUCCAAAGGUGGAAGUGCUUUCACAAUGGGAAAUUGAGAAGCGUGAAAUCGAGAAAGAAAGAAAUAUGAGAAGACUAAAGAGAGAAAGUGCCAAGGUGGAUGACGGAAGGUCCAGGAGAAGAGGUAAAAGAAGAAUGGAUGACUUAGAAACUACACUAAGAAUCUAA